AUGAAAUUAGAAAAUGGGACAGCUAUAACUAGCAAUAGGUUGCGCAAACAUAUAGCAACAGCAAUGCAAGUUCUUAGCAUGUCACAAAACGAUCGUAAGCAGUUUUCCAAAUUCAUGGGUCAUACCGAAAAGACCCAUGAGGAGUUUUAUGAAUUACCAAUUGAUAUAUAUCAGACAGCCAGAGUAGUGAAACUGCUUUCUAUGAUGGAAAAAGGAAAUCCAUCGGAGUUCGAAGGCAAAUCUUUGUCAGAAAUUCAAGUUAAUAUUGAUGAAUAUGUAGACGAUAAUGAUAAAGGUUGGACCACUGAAGAAAUAAAAUCACUGAAGGAACAUUUCAAAAGCUUCAUAUCAAAAGGCACUUACCCAUGUAGUUCCGAGAUAAAAGAAUUUGGAAAAUCAACGAAUAAUACAAGGAGUGUUGCAGUCAUAAAAUCCAAGAUUCAGCACCUCAUAAGACUAAAUUUGAAGUAAAUUUAUUAUUUUGUACUGAAUUCCCC